ACAUUAUUAUUAUCGGAUUGACGGGCGAAGGGUUCAUUGGUUAUUGGUUCAUGAAAGUCUCAGGAAUUGUAUUGCAUUGCAAAUUGCAAGACAGCAAGUGAGCAAGACGCGUCAGCUCUGAGAUGUCAAUCAUGAGUGAAUACGAAGACGCCAUAGAAAGCCUGGAGGAUGUGUCCCACCCUCUGGCCAAUGGAGGUAUCGGUCUGCGUCAUAGACCCUCCGCUACCUCCGCCUCCACCUGGGACCCUGAUCAGAUCUCACUGAGCUCCGAAGUCCCAGGACUGCACGAAGUCAAGGAGCUGUUAGAGAUAGACAACUCUUCAGCACUAUCAGAAGAUGAGAUGGCUGGAGGUUGUCCUCUUCCUUCCACACCGGUCGAUCCUCGCCUGUUGGAAACUGAGGCUACAGUGGAGGUUCUCAAGGCCCAGAUGAGUCAUGGAGAUGACAUGGACCUCAGCACCAUGGCUCACAACGCAGCUGAACAAGCUGAGGAGUUUGUACGCAAGGUGUGGGAGGCCUCGUGGUCUGUCUGCCAUUUCCGUAGUCUGCCGCGAUGGCUGCAAGACAAUGACUACCUCCACGCCGGCCACAGACCACCUCUGCCAUCGUUCUCUGCGUGUUUUCGAUCAAUCUUCCGCAUACACUCCGAGACUGGCAACAUAUGGACACAUCUACUCGGGUGCGUAGCAUUUAUCGGUGUGGCCAUUUACUUCCUGUCGAGGCCAUCUAUCGAGGUGAACCUGCAGGAAAAAUUAGUAUUCGCAGCUUUCUUUGCCGGAGCUAUCGUCUGCUUGGGUUUUUCCUUUGCGUUUCACACAGUCUACUGUCAUUCACAGAGUGUGGGAAAACUGUUUAGCAAGUUGGACUACUGCGGCAUCGCUCUACUGAUCACUGGCUCAUUUGUGCCUUGGCUGUACUACGGCUUCUACUGCCACUUCCAGUCCAAGGUGAUCUACCUCAGUGUCGUGAUCACGCUGGGUCUCAGUGCUAUGAUAGUCUCACUGUGGGACCGCUUCAGUGAGCCAGCCUUCAGGCCAAUCAGAGCAGCGGUGUUCACAGUGUUUGGUCUGAGCGGAGUAGUCCCCGCUGUGCACUACGCCAUCGCCGAGGGAUGGGUGAACGCAGUCAGUCACGCCUCACUAGGUUGGCUCAUCCUCAUGGGUCUUCUCUACAUCCUGGGGGCCGCACUCUACGCAUGGAGGGUACCUGAGAGGUUCUUCCCCGGGAGAUGUGAUAUUUGGUUUCAGAGUCACCAGAUAUUCCAUGUGUUGGUGAUUGCUGCUGCGUUUGUACACUUCCACGGCAUCACGGAGAUGGCGAUGCAUCGGAUGUCCAUCGGGGAAUGUUUGCCGCAGAAUCCAAUCUCCCUCUGACAUCAUCUCCUGUAUGUCUAGAUGCGAAUUUUAAAUAUCACACGUUUUCUCUUAGGCAGUAAUUUUACCAAAAGAGUGCAAACAAUCUCAAUAUAUUUUUCAAUAGAUUUUUAUCUCUGGAUUAGGAGCAUAAAGCUUUGUUAGACAUACUUGACCCCUUCAUAAUCUGCGGGCUCAGUUGAAAGCGUUAUUAUCAUUAUAAAUUGAAAAAUAUCAUAUUAAGUUAGAAUUUGAACAUGAAUUUUUAUAAACGUUUUAGCAAACUUCCGUCUAGUGCAGCUUUGAUAUGCUCACAUUUCCUUUUAAAGGUAUUCUUUUACAAUCCACUACAAAUAGUAGUCAUGACUUUGAUCACUUUGUGGCUUUUUUAGCAAUACGCUUUAUAUAAGUAUCUAACUUUGUACCCUAAGUCAUGCACUUCAUAGAAAACCUAUUGUUACCAUACUGUGGUGGUGGCCUGGGAUAUAGUUUUGUUAUUUAUUGUAUUGGAAUUUAUUAAUUUUGCAAUGUUAUGGGGAUGGAAAAAUCUGUAGACAAAUCAUGCUACUUAUAUUUCGUAAUAAUUAUUAUUUAAUAAAUUUGAAAUUGUUAUCAAGUUUUCGUUAAACAAACGGAUUUACAGAGAUGGUCUAUUUUAACACCUUAUGAAUUAAUUAUUAUCUUACAGUUAAAUGUUUUAAUUAAACUGCUCAACAUUGAAAGACUUUCUCCCACUUGUUAUCGCAAUGUUAGACAAUGAUUAUAAACGGCAUGUCAGUAUUUGUUAUAUUGCAUUUGGUGCUUUAGUUUUAGUCUAUAAAACACAUCAAUACUAAAUAACGUAAUUGUACAACGUAGUGUAGAGCUGUAAAUUCUUCAUAUUUUUCCAAAUUAGUGAACAUUUCUACUCGUAACUAGCCACUGUCCUCAAUGUUAUUUUUUCUUCAAAGUUUAUUCUUCUGAGUAUGAACAUCUGCGAUAGUAACACAACUAUUGCCAGACAGAAUUCAGCGUGGUGUUUAGAACGUAGUUCCAUCCUAAUUUUCACGUUCUCGAUGAACUGAUGGAAAUUAAACCUCUGUGAUAAACGGGCAAAGACUGGGUUGGGGCUUUUGAUUUUAUAAAGGUUAGAAUACCCUUGUGUACAAAUACGAUACAAAUAAUGUAGGUCUUAAUAGAUUUUAUCUUGCACGCAUACAAUGCAAAAUGUUAAUAUAGUAUUAUAAACACUUUGCAACACUUAUUUUCUCCUAAUUUAUAUUUUACCAUUCAAAUUUCAAAUCAUCAAUGUUAGUUUAGAAUUUCAAUUAUUGCCUUUUAUACCUUACGUUUGCUUUGGAAUGUCAUUAAAUUCUUGGUUUUUUCUUGAAGCUAUUGCAAAAUUUACGCUAAUUGUAAAACUUAUACAAGUGAUAUCUGUAUGUUGAUUUUCCAAUAUUUUUAGUGGAAUACUUUCAGUUAAUGUAAUUUAUAAGUUUAUAAGAUUGUCCAGCUAGACCAGAGCUAAAUCGAUUAAAUUAGUGUUUGUUUUGUAUUGCAUUGUUGUUACUUUAAUAUAAAUAUGUUGUAAGAUUGUGUUUAA